ACUAUACAGUCAGCGCGACGCCCAUCUCUAGGCUACGAGUACGACGAGGUAACAAGCCGUUUGGAAUGACAUUAACUUUUGCUAGCUAGCAUUAUAUCAUCGUAGACAGAACAGACAUGAUUGAAUGGAGAAUGGUGUCAUCAGUCUUCUUGCUACCAAUACUCUUAGUUUUGCUAGGUGCAACCCUAAGUCAAGGUGACUUACGGUUGCAAAAUAGUGAUUCUUAUUCCGGGAGACUGGAGGUCUUGUACAAUGGAGAAUGGGGAACUGUCUGUGAUCUCGACUUUGGAGAUGAGGAGGCAAGGGUUGCCUGCCGAGAGCUUGGCCUAGACACGACUGAAUAUCAGACCUUUGAUGCUUCCAAAUUUGGUGAAGGUAACGGGACAAUCUGGUUGGCUGAAGUCAACUGCAAUGGAUGGGAGUCAACCUUAGACAGCUGUGCCCACAACAGCUAUGGUGUACAUAGUUGCUCCCACUCUAUGGAUGUGGGUCUAACCUGUGGCGAAUAUGUAGAACCAGGUGAACUGCGCUUGGAGAAUGGUGACGACAGGUCUGGAAGACUAGAAAUCUUUUAUAAUGGGCAAUGGGGAACUGUUUGCAAUGACAACUUUGGGGAAGAUGAGGCAAGGGUUGCUUGUCAGCAGCUAAACCUGGACUCCUCAUCUAUCGAGCAAUUUGGUAGCUCCAAAUAUGGUGAAGGUACUGGGAUGAUCUGGUUGGAUGAAGUGAAUUGCAAUGGAAUCGAGUCGACCUUGGAUAGCUGUGCACACGAUCCCUAUGGCUAUCAUGAUUGUUCUCACUCCGAGGAUGUCGGUAUCUCAUGCGGGACAGAAGGAAACUCUGAGUCUGGCAAUCCGUUCUUGGGUGGUAUUGGACGAUGGAUGGGCAGUAUCGUGUUCGUCUGUGUUGCAAGUGUAGUUUGUGGUGCCUCCAUGUACAGACGGAGACAACUUUACUUGAUGCGUCAACAACAGGGUAAUAAUGGCACCAACAUGGUCCAUGUCCCCCCACCCAGCAACAACCCAGGAGCCACGCCUUUUCCUACGCAACCACCACCACAGCAAUCGGGUGAACCCCGACCAUAUCCAGUCCAGACGUAUUCACCCGCUUACCCGCCCGCAUCAACGGGAGGUGCUCCACCGGCAAACCCAUACCCUGUGCAGGCUUACCCACCUCCUGGGCAGUAUCCGACCCAGCUUCCUCCCGUUGAAGGAUCCGGACCCUACCCUCCACAGGGAGACGCUGCACCAUACCCAACCCCACAACCUGAGGAGACACCCCCAGCGUACCAGCUGCAGGGCAGUAACAUGCCUGAAGGAGACCUUCCCCCUCCACCAAGCUACAAUGAUAUCGUCAAGCAGUAGCAUUCAGAUUGUUCUCAUUGUCUCUCGUGAAGCCAUGUAAACUCUUUCUCGUGAGUUUUUGUAUCUUAUUUUCUUCAGGGACAGAAAUAUCAUUCCUCUAUGGAGAUGAACCAAAGAUCAUUCUUGAUAUAGGAUAUAGAACAGUUUGUAGUUAGCUUUAGUACAAAGGACACCCAAACGUCCACCGACCUUUCACAUAUGGAGACGUCCCACUUUAUGCAUUGUAGAAUAAUCACUGCCAAAGUGACGGAGGUGCUUCAUGAAUACCUUUCAUUUGCCUUCUUGAGAAGAAAUACUUCCACCUGUGUAUCAGAGAAUUUACCAUCGGUGAUUAUAUGAAUAGUGAUUACAUAACUUUCAUGAGCGCCUAUCCAGUAUUCGUCUCGAUGGGUUUUACAAUUUUGGUACAAAUGACCUUUAUCUGCCCAUAUAUAGAUGGUAUUCUACGCACUGGUUUAUUGUGUGAUGAAAGCCAGAAGAGGUUAACCCUCUGUUAUAUGAUAUUGGUUGAUCCCCUCUAGCUGUGCCUGUUGACCAAAGCCUACCUGUAUUCACACAUUGAGGCUGAAUAACUCAUUCAUUACAUUUUAUUUUAUAAAACAAAUGUACUUUUACAGUAUUAUACAAAGUAAAUUUUAUAUCGUGUAAUUGUUAUGUCACUAUAGCAAAUCAACAAAUUGCUCAUUACCGUCCUUGGUCAAUUCUUAUUCAUAAAAUUCCUUGAGAUAGGAUGUUAAAUUAUGUCAAGAAUACUAUUCAGAGUUGGGAAUUAAUGAGACAUAAAAAUAGACAACAGAAGCAUUGAAUUGACAGAGAUAAAGUUAUUAAGAUAUGUAUAUUAUGGAGAGAGGGGUGCAAGCUGUAAAAGAGGAAGCAUUUGCCUAAAACUUUGAGUAAUUGAUUUGUGCCAAGUUGUGUGUUCGAGAUAAAUAAUGCCUUUCUAUUUCAUAUUUUACCACCAUUUCACAGUACUUCAUAAUCAAUCUUAUGAAUGCCAUUUGCUUUAAUCACGUUGUGUGAUGAAUGAUCAUCAUUUAUUAUUAAUCAAAACUUACCAACCAAAAAUGUUAACAGUCAUGAAGAAUAUUGUUGAUUUUGUUGUCAGUAUAGGCACUGCUUGUCUUUGUAGAAGAAUUUGAAGUCAAGUUGUGUACUUUGGCUUUCAAGCAAAUGUAGUUCUAGAAACUUGGGUCAAUUAAUUUCUGAACCCCUUUGAAAUACUUCUUCUGCCAUGGUAAAAAAAUGAAUGCCUGACAUGUGACAUAUGACGAUAGUCAAGAAAACUAUGAUUUAAAUUUGGUUAGGGGAAAAUAUCAGAGUAGAAUAAAAAUUGUAUUAUCAACCACAUGAUAACAACAAACCCAAAGCUAUACAAUUUGCCAAUGUAUGUAGUUGUGUAUUAAGCUUACUACUUUACUUCAUGAUAUUCUCAAUGGCAUUCUAGGUAUAAUAUUUCUGCAGUCACCCUUUUUCAGUAUGAAGAGUAUGACACAUGUUCAGGUACUUUCCAAUCAUUACAUAUUUAUGCAAGUUUUGCUUGUAGUAAACUUCAGGGCAGUCUCAAUUUUAUCAUGGAAGAUUGCGCUUAAUAUGUGCUCGGACAUAUCCAAAGAGCAGUGAGUAUUUAACUGCUUUGAUUUCUCAUUUUAGGGCUAUUCCAAGUUAUUUUAGUAUCAGAAAUCGUGCCUUAUAGGCUUUCUACUUUAAAACAUUAAGUUAGAUCAUUUUCCUUUUAUUGGGGGAAGAGGUAUGUGCAACAAGUUGUGAUGACGUACUAUUUGAUAUGGUCUAUUUAUAUAUAUAGAUGGAUGUUUGAAAGUACUUAAACAAUUUAUUUUUAGUACCAUACAUGUAUAUUUGCUGAAGAGUUCUUAUUUGUAUAUAUCGGACUAAAGUAUAUUUAUCAAAUUACAAGUUUUUCACUUAAACUUCAUGAGGCUAAUAUGUUUGAACAGAAUUGUUAUAUUGCACUUGGAAUACAGGUGUAUAUAACAAAUUAUCAUGCUCUCUGAUUUGAAAGAGGGAUAAAAAAAAACUCAAAAAGAAUUCAGUAACUUAUAUUCACAUUUGCGGCUGAAAAGUUCUUAUUUGUAUUAUAUGGAACUAAAGAGAUGCACUGUCAUGUAAUUUCAUGAAAUAUGAAACUAAUGUAUUUUGGAAUCGUAUUGUAAUACUGCAAUUUAGACACAAGAAGUUGUUAUGCCUGUUUUUUAGCAUUAUUGUUUUAGUUUGAUUGUAAUGCACAAAUUAAUUCUUUGUUUAUUUUUUGUUUUUUGUUUUAGUGUUUUUAUUCAAAAGAAAAACUUAUACAAUGUACAUAUUAGGGAAGGGAUAAAUACAUAUAUAUCUAAGAAAAAGUGCAUCAUAAAAUUUAUCUCCAUAAUAGCAACUGAUCUACAGUGUACUACUAAAUAUGAAUGAACAAACAAAACUAAAUUCUUUGUUUAUUUUGAUGUGACCUCUUACAUGUGUGACCAUUGGAUAUUAUGGGUAUUUUAAACGUAAACAUAUAUUUCAGGUGUAAGCAAUAAACAGAAGAUACAUAUAUUUGUAUAUUAUAACAAUAAUAUUUUUGAGACGGCUCUUUUGUUGAGGCGGUAUAUUAAUCACUACUUAUAUGGGGAUGAGCCUAAGGUGAACCAUAAUUUUCACAAUGUUAUUUCAGGGAGUUGUGUAUUGCACAUUGCAUCAUUUCAUGUAGAUCUCUUCUUUCAAACAAAUUGUGUGUGAAUAUAGUCUAGUUGCAAACAAAAUUGUUUAUAUUCAUGUGAAAAAGAUUGUAUUGUUGUGAAAAAGAUUGUAUUGUUGUGAAAAAGAUUGUAUUGUUGUGAAAAAGAUUGUAUUGUAAUACAAUCCAAAUUAAUAAAUUUAUAAACUAUAUGACUAUUAAUUAAGUUUACGGUAUAAAGAGUAUAGGUGUUUGCUACAAUCACAACCUCUAUUACACAGAGCAAUUCUUUUUCCCACAUCAGAUGAUUGUAAAUAAUAAGUUAAAGAACACAACACCCAAAUACCAACAGCAUGCCUUGUGGACUGUU